AUGCUCGCUGAUUCGCCCCGCUGCUGCUUCUGGAUUGCCGAAUGUUCGUGCGCGCAUGGGGUCCUUUGCGCGCCCUUUUCUUCCUCCGCUUGGUUCCUGCGGACCCUGGCGCGCGCAACCCCCAAGCGAACCAGCCUCCCCGCUUCCUCACAACUCCCUUCCCCCCCCCUCGAGCGCCCCAAUUUCCAAUGCGCUUCCGCUAUUUGCACGAACCAAGUGGGUAACCGUAUUUUAUUCUCUUAUUCCCCUUUUCCCGCGUUUCACGCAGCCACCAUAGCCACGGCCGCUAGCAUCGGUGCAGCAGCCACUGCCCGUAGUACGGCGAUGGAGGAGGAGGAGGAGGAAGUGGCGGUGCCCGGGUAUGUGCGCGAUGUCGACGAGCUGUUGUGCGACUAUGUGAAUCGCACCGAUCCGUCGCUGGCGGCGUUUAAAUCCGUAUGGCGGGCGCGCCGCUUCUCCUUCGUCCACGACGCGUGCCCUAAAGACAUCGACCCGCGCCGCUUCCUGCAGCUGCUCUACGGAACCGCUUUGGGUGAGACGAAGGACUCUCUCUCUCUCUCAUGA